UCUCUUUAUUGCAUAAUCUUGAAAAUUGUGAAGUGAAAAAAAAUGGAUUUGAGGGAUUUCAGGAACAUGGGUUUCGACGCCGGCAUCAUCUUCGCCCUGCAAGACAUGCUGGACUUCGAGAUCGCGGAGGAGAGCGGCGGCCUAGAUCAGAGUCCGCGGAGGCACACGCCGUCGCGAGCAUACGUUCGGGACGCGAAGGCGAUGGCGGCGACGCCGGCGGAUGUGAAGGAGUACCCGGAGUCGUACGUGUACGUGGUGGACAUGCCGGGGAUAAAGCCGGAGGAGAUCAAGGCGGAGGUGGGGGAGGACGGGGCGCUGGUGGUUUCGGGCGAGCGGCGGCGGGACAAGGAGAAGGACCACAAGGAGGGAGUGAAGUACGUGCGGAUGGAGAGGAGGCAGGGGAAGUUCAUGAGGAGGUUCAUGCUGCCGGAGAACGCCAACGCGGACGCCAUAUCCGCGGUGGCGCAGGACGGGGUGCUGAUCGUGACGGUGGAGAAGAAGCGGCCGGAGGGGAAGAAGAAGGCGAGGUGUGUGGAGGUGAAGGUGGGGUGAUGGAUGAAUCGACAAGAGCAGUGAAAAUCAUGCAUGCAUGCAUGUAGAUUAUGUGGAAGGUACGCACGUGAGUGGUAACUGGUAAGUUGGUUGUGUUUGGAAGUCUGGUUACAAGGGUUUUGACGGAAGUAGGAACAUGAAGCUUUGUAUAUAUUUGUACGUAGAUAUGGUGUUUUAUUUUGUGAGGGCUUUUGUAUGAAUAUAUAUAAUCGUAUAAAUAAUUUGUUAGCAUAUCUUCCUAAGUUACUAAGUUACCCUUGUAUUGCCUUGUAGUUUGCCUCCUUUAGCUAUAAAAGGAUGACCCCUUGUGCAUGUGAAAUACAAUAUACAAUUUAGAG